UGCGCUGCUGCGCAGAGACGAGUCGAGCUGCCCUAAAACAGACCUAUUUUCCUGCUCAGGAUCGAUUGAUCGAUCGAUUGGUUGCGAAAUAGAUUCGACUGGUGUGGUAAUUGUUGAUCCGAUCUUCCCCGGCUGCUUAAUUUGACGGAUUGACAUCGAAUGGGGAAGAAGAAGAAGAGAGGAGCGGUGGAUAAGGUGUGGUGCUACUACUGCGACAGGGAGUUCGACGACGAGAAGAUACUGGUGCAGCACCAGAAGGCCAAGCACUUCAAGUGCCAUGUUUGCCACAAGAAGCUCUCCACCGCCGGCGGCAUGGCCAUCCACGUGCUCCAGGUUCACAAGGAACAAGUCACUAAAGUCCCAAAUGCAAAACCUGGAAGAGAAACAACGGAGAUUGAGAUUUAUGGGAUGCAGGGAAUUCCAGCUGAUGCCCUGGCUUCACAUUAUGGAGAGGAAGAUGAAGAGAACCCUUCAAAAGCAGCUAAAGUUGAUCUACCAAUCUCUCAGAUAACCGGUGGUAUGAUGCCGGGAUCACUAGGGGUUGGAUAUCCUCCCCGCGGCCCAUUACCUCCGAAUUACAAUCCCAGAAUACCUGGGCCACCUGUUGGUUGGCAAAUUCCACCUCGUCCACAACCUUGGUAUCCUCAGCACCCAGCUGUUUCAGUUCCGUUCCCUGGCCAAGCAGGAAUGCCUCCACAGCCUUUGUUUCCUGUGCACAAUAUUCAGUCUACUGUUCCAUCCACAGCACCCCCUGGGCUUCAACCAACAUUUUCAAUCACUCCUCCAGGGAUGCCUGCAACAACACCUCCUGUUCCUGUUUCUCAACCUUUAUUUCCUGUCAUUCCUAACAGUAAUAUUCCUCCUCAGAGCUCCCCGUUUUCUGCUCCUAUACCUUCUAUGAGCUUGCCUUUAAGCUCUUCUACAGAAAUAAAGAGUGCAGAACCUCACUUCGGUGGCACUCUGGCAGCCAAUAAUUAUCAAACAUCAGGAACCCCAGCCAUACCUGUUGCAAAUUCACAUUCCUAUGCAUCUGGUCCAAAUACUGAAGGUCCGUCUAUAGGACCACCUCCAUUAAUUGCAAACAAAGCCCCAUCUACACAACCCGCAACUAAUGAGGUCUACUUAGUUUGGGAUGAUGAAGCUAUGUCUAUGGAGGAAAGAAGAUUGUCCUUAUUGAAGUAUCAGGUGCAUGAUGAGAAUAGCCAGCAUGCUGCGAUCUUUCGAGGAUCUUCCCACUAGCUCCUUGCAAGGUUAAGAGCACAGAGUAUGAGUUCCAUUGAUGCUGCCAUUGACCGAAGGAUAUCUGAGAGCAGGCUUGCUGGUCGCAUGGCAUUUUAGAGAUUCGAUGGUGCCUCGUUCUUAACCGUGAUCAUCAUCAGGAGGAACGAUUCUAUAUCGAUCACAACACCUUUCAUUUGAGCUUCUAACUGGUGCUGCUUGUUGCAAUUCUUUCUAUUUAAAUGUUGUAACUAUCUUUUUGGAUAUAGGUGUCAGGAUAGCCUCUACUAUAAUUUAUCAGAUAAUUACCAUUUUUUCAGUUUUUGUGAUUUGGGUUGUUUUUUAGAUUGUAGAAAUUACAGACCAAAUCCUUGACUUUCUGAGGUUAAUGCAGUUUGAGUAAUUCUUUUGUUUCC